AUGGCUGGUGAUAAAGUCCUCGUCCUCGGCGCUACGGGCCCGGCAGGAAUCGUCUUGCUUCGCGAGCUCCUACACCGCAAACAUGCAACGAUUGCUUAUGUCCGGACACCUUCCAAGAUACCGCAGGACUUAGAGGACGAUCCUUUACUUGAAGUUGUCCAAGGUACAAUGGAGGACACCGCGUCCUUGAGCGCAGUCAUUGCCACAGCUUAUAUCAUUGUAUCAUUCCUCGGUCCUAAUGACAUGCGAAGCCCAAUGCCUUAUCCCGGUUACUAUUCGUUGAUGUUUCCGCUAAUGCGGGAGCAUGGCGUUAAGCGAAUUCUGGCUAUGUGCACUCCGUCCGUGGCCGAGUCUAAUGACAACUUUAAUCUGCUCGUGAAUAUCUUCAUUCGACGAAUCUUUAAAUUGCUCGCCCCGGGGGCCUAUCAAUGCAUGCAAAAUGUCGCGCGGGUUUUCCGUGACGAGGCUCAAGGGCUAGACUGGACUCUCUUCCGUAUCACUGCAAUACCUGGCGAGUCCGAUGCCGACAGCUGGAAAAGGGAUCGCGAGCACUCAACUUAUGUUGGCUAUGUGGGCGACAAAGACUGGAAGUAUUGGACCAAUCGCAGCGGACUUGCGCGAUGGCUAGUUGAUACAGUGGAGCAGGGGCAGGGGAAGUGGGUUGGCAAGCUUCCUGCUGUUAGUGAUCGGACCACUAGCCGUAAGUGACUGGUACGAGAGUGGAAGUGAACGGCAUAGACAAUGCUUUAGUUGUCGGUUGUCGGAAUGUCAACGCAACAGCACACAGAUCUAAGCUGGUGCCUUGCAGCCUUCGCAGCGAUCCUGAUCCUCUUCCAAGACUGAGCGUUCUUGCCAGAUUUCUUUCUAAGACUUGCCCGUUAUGAUUGGCUAGUACUACAGUUUGUUUCUGCCGAAUAGCUUAUUACGACCCAACUUUUGCCCAGUGCGGUGUGUUGCAUUCGAAUUCCUCACAUCUACCUCUAGGCCUCCUGUCAAUAAAAGGAAUCAUGGAGGUUGAGGCCAUCACCUGUGGAUUCAAAAUGGCAUGAUUCAUCCGAAUACAGGGGUAAGCUCUGAAGUAAUUAGGUUUUGUUCGAGUGAGACAGUGUUGUCAGCCAUCUUGAUCAGCACAGGUCGCGAAUGC